AUGAAGAUAACAGUGAAUAUCAGUGUCCAGAGGAACUGGCUAAUCAGACCUGUCCGACCCAAGCCUAAGGGGAGACUCAUCUGUUUCUCCUUAAAAUGUAGUGACGUCACUGACCAGUGUGCCGACGAGGCUAGAUGCGGCCGGCUUCUCCGACUUGGAGGCCAGCUCCUCUUCCCGCUGAUCAGCCGCCGCCGAGGCAGUCCCCACACUGGCACCCAACCACGCAGUCUCUUCCAGUGGCACCCACCUAGGCAGUCCCUUCCAGUGGCCCCCACCCAGGCAGUCCCCCAGUGGCGCCUACCCAGGCAGUCCCACCAGUCACCCACCACGCAGUUCCUUCCAGUGGCACCCACCGAGGCAGUCCCUCCCCGUGGCACCCACAUAGGCAGUCCCCACCAAUGGGCAGUCCCCCCAGGCACCAAUUCCCCCCAGUGGCACCACCAGGCAGUCCCCAGUGGCACCAUCCAGGCAGUCCCCCCAGUGGUACCCACCAGCCAGGCAGUCACCCCAGUGGCACCACCAGGCAGUCCCCCAGUGGCACCACCCAGGCAGUCCACCAGUGCACCCAACUACGCAAGUGGCACCCACCGAGGCAGUCCCUUCCAGUGGCACCCAUCGAGGCAGUCCCACCAGACGGCAGUCCCCAGUGGCACCCGGCAGUCCCCAGUGGCACCCACCAGGCAGUCCCCCAGUGGCAGCCCACCAGUGCACCCGGCAGUCCCAGUGGCACCCACCCAGGCAGUCCCCCCAGUGCACCACCCAGCCCCCAGUGGCACCACCCAGGCAGUCCCCCAGUGGGCACCCCCAGUGGCACCCAACCACCAGUCCCCAGUGGCACCCAUCGAGGCAGUCCCCAGUGGCACCCCAGGCAGUCCCCCCCAGUGGCACCACCCAGCAGUCCCCCAGCAGUCCCCCCAGUGGAACCCAGCAGGCAGUCCCCCAGUGGCAUCCACCCAGGCAGUCUCCCCAGUGGCACCAACCACGCAGUCCCCCAGUGGCACCCACCCAGGCAGUCCCCCCAGUGGGACGCACCAAGCAGUCCCCCCAGUGAAACCCAGCCAGGCAGUCCCCCAUGGCACCCAGGCAGUCCCCCAGUGGUACACACCAGGCAGUCCCCCCAGUGGGACGCACCCAGGCAGUCCCCCCAGUGGAACCCAGCCAGGCAGUCCCCCAGUGGCAUCCACCCAGGCAGUCUCCCCAGUGGCACCCAACCACGCAGUCCCCCCAGUGGCACCCACCCAGGCAGUCCCCCCAGUGGGACGCACCCAAGCAGUCCCCCCAGUGCCACCCAGGCAGUCCCCCCUGUGGCACCCAGCCAGCUGUAUUUCUCCCGUCAAUAAACGUGCUCUAAGUUACCCAAGACGGCUGAAGAUCUUGCACUACUACCGAGACCACCUGUUCCUGCCAGACAUGAUUGUCUGCACUCUGACUGCAUAUGGUCUCUUUGAAGGUCUUAAAGAUGCUGAGCUCUCAAGAACAUUCCGCUUUAACACGUGUUCUGCGGGACCCUCGGGAUUCUGCAGUCGACGGGUGGAAUCUUUGCAACACACGACGAGGACUCUGGUGAUUCUACAGAACGAUUUGGCAGACGAUGAAUCCGAACAAAUAAGACGGAAGUUUUUACUCAUCAAGGAUUGCUGCGAUUCGUACCACAGCACGGCGUCUGAGCAACCCAAGCGAGCGAAGCAACAUAAUCCGGUGAAAACAGACACGUGGAAACCUCCAAGGUGUAAAAAUAUCUCGAAGACUAGAUGA